AUGAAAAAUCUACAAAUUGGUCGGGUGAAAACUUUUGAAAAAACAAAACUCGCAGGCUGCGACUUGUUUGCUGUUCAUCCUAUCCUCGAAACAAUUGCUGUGUCGACAAAAAAUGAACUUAUUCUUCUAGAGGACCAAGUUGUUAGCAGUACAAUAAACUGGAGUAAUGAAAGAAAUGGAGUCCAAGUCAUUUCAUUGGCGUUUCGAACCGAUGGAGAUCAAAUUGUGGCGAUUUUGGCUGAUGGGCGUGCUCUUGUAAUUGAAGAUGGAUCAGUAAUAGAACUGGAAGUGGCAGAAAUUGAAAAUUCUACAGUAACUGCUGCAGAAUGGACUGGUGAUGAACAAACACUUGCUCUGGCCGACAAUCAAACUUUGUAUCUCGCUGAUUCUUCCUUGGUUCCGUUCGUCGUGAGACCUCUAAAUUUCUCAGAAAGCGAUAGAAAAUCUGUUCCUGUGAACGUUGGAUGGGGAUCGGAAAGUACGCAGUUCAGAGGAUCCGCUGGGAAGUUGAAACCCGGAGAGAAGAUUGAGAAGGAGCGAGAAGAUGUGGAACAAGUCUCAAAACAAACUUCAGUUCAUUGGAGAUGGGAUGGAGAGAUUGUGGCAGUUUCCCACUAUUCCGAACAGUCCAAAAUUCGAAAUCUAACGAUUUUCGAUAAAAAUGGUGAGAUUUUGAACAACAUGAACAUCCGAAACAUCUAUCUAUCCCACUGCUUUGCUCACAAACCGAACGCAAACUUGCUAUGCUCUGCAAUACUGGAACAAGGAUCAGAUGAUAGAAUUGUGUUUUACGAGAGGAAUGGAGAAACACGCAAUAGUUAUGUCGUCAAAUGGCCAACAAAUCAGAAUGAAAGCAAGAGAGUCAUAGAAAAAAUCGAAUGGAAUUCUACUGGAACCAUUCUAGCGAUGCUAACGGUUUACGAGAAUAGUAGAAGACUGGAGUUAUGGCAUCUCUCCAAUUACGAAUUCACUCGAAAACUCUGUUGGCGAUUCCCUGAAAGCGAAUCAUCUGUAAUCUGGAAGUGGAGCACAGUGGAUAGUCAAAACGUGGAAAUUCUUCUCGGAUCAGGACAAUUCUUCUCUGUUCACAUCAACCCAGUUUCCUCGUUUUCCGACGCUAUCUCUCAGAAUGUCGUCGUAGCCACAGAUGAGCUUCGUAUGUAUUCUCUCUACCGUCGAGUCGUUCCUCCACCGAUGUGUGACCAUUCCAUCAGGUGCCUAUCGGAUAUUACUGGAAAAUUAUUUCCUGUGAGUUUACCUGAAGAGACAAUGCGUAUAUAUGACAUUUCAGUCAGCCAAGAUUCCGACGACUACAAGUUCGAUAGCGAGCGUGCGUCUAUCGACGAGGUUCUUCACGAAGAAGUUACGGAUGGAAUCAUUUGUGGCUUUGUCUAUGACGAGCCAACCGAAUCGUUUAUUAUUUGGGUCGCUAGUCACGGUAAACAAAUCAUCUGUCGUGUUGGUGCUAACUUCGAGAAGUUUCUGGAAGGAGACAAUAUCGGGUGGAUGGGCGUGAAUCCUCAGAAUUCUCACAUUGAAGUUGCUUUUAAUAAUGGAAAGUUUCUUGAUUUGACUACGAGCGAUGAGAUCUUCAAAAUCGAGGAAUUCGCUUCUGUUGAAGUUCACUUCAUCCAGAAUCGCCAUGUCAUCCUCGCUGACAACUCCACAAUCUUCAUCGACUCAUCAAAGGUUUCUCAAGACGCUGCCUCCAUUAUGACUCGAGGAAAUGACAUUCUGCUCAUUGAUUUUGAUAACAAACUUCGAUUCGUCGAUGUGGAGUCGGGUAAAACUCUAGAAGACAUUCGCGAUGUGGAAGCGGGAAGUGAACUAGUAGCAUGUGAUUCUGGAUCAGCUAACGUGAUUCUUCAAGCAGCCAGAGGAAACCUGGAAACAAUCCAACCACGUAGAUAUGUGAUGGCCCAGACUCGUGAAUAUCUCGACAAAAAGCAGUACAUCCAAUCGUUCAAAUGGAUGAAAAAGCAUCGUGUCGAUAUGUCAUACGCGAUGAAGUACAAAGGAGAAGAGCUAGAAAAUGAUAUGGUGAUAUGGUUGGCAAGUACCAAUGAUUCACAACUGCUGGAACAACUUUUAGUCAGUUGUACUGAAGUUUUCGAGUUUGAAGGAUCUUCCCUUUGUAUGUCAGUAGCUCGAUUUAUCAGUGAUAUCGAAGAUGUUGAUCGGAAAACUAAAAUGUUUCCACUGCUUCUAACGGCUCUUCUACGAUUGAAACCAUCGAAAAUCAACGAGUGUUUGAAAGAGGUCCAGGAGCAUGUGGAGAAAGUUGUUAACCGAAAAGAUGUCUUCACUCGUGACAGCUUACACCAUAUAUCCUUUUUCGUGCCAGCCAAAGAACUUUUCAAUUGUGCACUUUCUACUUAUGACCUCAAGUUGGCUCAGCAAGUUGCAGAAGCUUCAAACUACGAUCCAAAAGAGUAUCUUCCUGUUCUCAACAAACUCAAUAGAAUUGGAUGUACACUUGAAAGACAAUAUAGAAUUAAUGUUGUGAGAGAUGCAUGGAUCGACGCAAUUCGAUCUUUGCUCGUUUUGGAUUCUAGUGAAGAUCGAGGAUCAGAAGAAGUGUGGUGGAAUGAUAUUAAAGAUAUCAUUCAAAGAGAAUGGCUGCAUCAGAAGGCGUUGACGCUUGUGAAUCCAGGAGACAAACGAUAUAAGGAGUGUUGUGAGUUGUAUGCUAUCGAAUUGGAGAGAAAAAUCCAUUGGAGAGAGGCGGCGCUGUUCUUUGAACUUUCUGGGAAUACAGAGAAGACUUUGAAGUGUUGGGAAAUGUCGAGAGACGUGGAUGGUCUUGCUGCUUCUGCUCGUCGUCUUGCAGUUGAUUCUGGAAAAUUGAAGAUCCAUGCUAUCAAAAUGAGUACGACUCUCCGGGAAGCCAGGCAACCAAAGGAGUUGGCAAAAGCAUUAAAACUUGCGGGAUCUUCAAGUAAUCAAAUUGUUCAAACACUGUGUGAUGCAUUCGAAUGGACGGAAGCCAGUCGAGAAGUCGAAGUUGGGAAAGAAGAAAGUUUAAAAAUCGCAGCAGUCAGUCGUAAUGAGCAAAUUUUGUUGGACCUCAAAAGAAGACAAACCGAGUUUGAGAAGUAUAAGAAACGAUUGAUAGUUGUCCGAGAGAACAAACUGAAGAGAGUUGAACAAUUCGCUGCUGGAGAAGUAGAUGACCUUCGUGAUGAUAUUUCCGUCAUUUCGAGUAUCAGUUCAAGAUCCGGAUCUUCAAAAGUGUCCAUGGCAUCUACUGUAAGAAGAAAGAAGCAAAUUGAAAAGAAGAAGAGCUCUUUGAAAGAAGGAGGAGAAUAUGAAGACUCAGCUCUGCUGAAUGUUCUCGCUGAGAAUUAUAAAUGGCUGGAAAACAUAGGAAAUGAACUAUCCCAGUUGAUUCCGCUGCUCAUGACUACUGGACACUUCACAGAAGCUUUGAAAAUGAAAAGUGUUUACGACGAGUUUGUACUGAAGCUUCAGAAGAGCAAGGCUUCGAUUUGGCCUGAGAAUUUGUCUAUUCAACAACUACCAGGACCACUCUAUACGCUGUUUGAUCCAAACCAAGAGCCAUCGCCAAUUCCGAUGCCACCAAUCUUCAGGCUCGAGCCAGAACUUGUCGCUCCAUCCGCAUCAUUCCCAUCCGUAUUUCUAUAA